CCCUAACUCAGAAACGAUUGCCCUCUCUUUCUCGCACUUUUAAACCCUCUAGUGGUAUAACACCACUGGUGUUGCUGCAUCAACAUGGCGGAGUUAAAGAUAUCUGAAACCCGAGACUUGACCCGAAUAGAACGCAUAGGUGCUCACUCACACAUUCGGGGCCUCGGCCUCGACUCCGCCCUUGAAGCCCGCGCCGUCUCCGAGGGUAUGGUGGGGCAGACCAGGGCUCGUAGGGCCGCCGGAGUCAUUCUCCAGAUGAUUAAGGAGGGUAAGAUCGCCGGACGUGCCGUUUUACUGGCUGGACAGCCAGGCACCGGCAAGACUGCCAUUGCUAUGGGCCUGGCCAAGUCUCUUGGCCUGGAGACCCCCUUUGCCGUGAUCUCUGGUAGUGAGAUCUUUUCCCUCGAGAUGUCCAAGACCGAGGCCCUAAUGCAGGCUUUUCGCAAGGCCAUUGGUGUGAGGAUUAAGGAAGAGACCGAGGUAAUUGAGGGCGAGGUUCUCGAGGUCCAAAUUGACCGUCCUGCAGUUGCUGGUGCCGCUUCAAAGACUGGAAAAUUGACUAUGAAAACAACAGAGAUGGAGACGGUGUAUGAUCUGGGGGCGAAGAUGAUUGAGGCUCUGGGGAAGGAGAAGGUGCAGAGUGGGGAUGUGAUUGCUAUCGACAAGGCAUCAGGAAAGAUUACUAAAUUGGGGAGGUCUUUCUCGAGGUCAAGGGAUUACGACGCCAUGGGGCCGCAGACCAAGUUCGUGCAGUGCCCAGAUGGGGAGUUGCAAAAAAGAAAGGAGGUUGUGCAUUGCGUUACGCUUCAUGAGAUUGAUGUCAUCAAUAGCAGAACACAGGGAUUUCUGGCUCUCUUUACUGGAGACACAGGUGAAAUUCGUGCAGAAGUGAGGGAACAAAUUGAUACAAAGGUUGCAGAAUGGAGGGAGGAAGGGAAGGCUGAAAUUGUCCCCGGUGUCCUCUUCAUUGAUGAGGUUCACAUGCUUGACAUAGAAUGCUUUUCUUUUCUGAAUCGCGCUCUGGAGAAUGAAAUGGCUCCAAUAUUAGUUGUGGCCACCAACAGAGGUUUCACUAAAAUCCGAGGCACAAAUGAAAAAUCCCAACAUGGAAUGCCAAUAGAUCUUCUUGAUCGCCUACUUAUUAUUAAUACUGAGCCUUAUACAAAAGGUGAAAUUCGCAAAAUUCUAGACAUAAGAUGUCAAGAGGAAGAUGUGGAGAUGGCUGAAGAGGCGAAGGCUCUGUUGACACAUAUAGGAGUUGAGACAUCCUUGAGAUAUGCAAUUAAUCUCAUCACAACUGCUGCAUUGGCAUGCCAGAAGCGGAAGGGAAAAAAUGUGGAGAGUGAGGAUAUUACUCGGGUUUACAGUCUGUUCCUGGACGUGAAGAGGUCAACUCAGAACUUAAUGGAGUAUCAGAAUCAGUAUAUGUUCAGUUCAUCAUCCGCAAAAGAAGUUGAGGAAGAUGAUGGCAAUGCCAUGGUCUCCUGAGAUUACAGUUACAGACAUGUAGAUUUAGCAAUGGCGUGAGACUCACCUUGCUGUCAGAGAAGCGGCUGAUGCAUACACCAGGACGUUAUGCUUCUCUGCUCGCAGUUGUAAAAGUUUGUUUUGGUGGUUUUGAUCUGCAGCAACAAAAUUUCUGGUCCUGUGAAGGGCUGAAAGAGUUGUUGAUUUUAUGAAUGAUUGUUGAAUUGUAGGAACAAAAUGCUUGCGCUAUCAGGUAUUUUUUGUUGGAUGGAGAGCGCUUAGAUGCUAAUGAACAUUCAUAUAUGCAUGGAUCGAGAGCACUUAGAUGCUAAUAAAUAUUUAUAUAUGGAUGCAUGUUGUAAGA